AUGCUCCUUCGCCCACUUCACCCUGGCGACUCGAUUCUUUUCAGAAAUCAGCGGUUUCUUCACUGGACGUCUUCCCAUGAUUCCAGCAGCAUUCAGACGUCGUUUCACGGUCGAGACGGAUGGCGGAGAUGGCGAAUUCAAGAAAACUUCCCGUCUGAUCGCAGGGGCGGUGAGUCUUGGAUUGGUUCUAGACGUCUUCAAAAUGUUCCUAUCGUCAUUACGAUCAGUGACACGUGGUCUUCCAGUGCGUUGGCUGUUAGUAGAGCCAUCUUGAGCUUUCUGACGCUUUAGGAACUGAGAAAUGCCCGCCUCUGUCACGCCGAACAUUCCUGCCAACGUCAUCAUGGUCAGUCCAUUUUGACGACCCACAACGAUGGCUCUUUUGUCGUUAUCAGUCAAAUUCUUAUUUCCAAAGGUUCUUCCCAUGUCUGAAAAACAUGAAAAAAAUCAUAUGGCAACAUUAUUAAUUUUAAAAAAAUUUAAUAAAAAAAUAAAUAAAAAAAUAAAAAGCAUAAAAAAACAAAAAAAUGGAAUUCAAUAAAAAAAUGCCUAAAACGCGUCACAGUCAUUGCGGACAUGUCUUUGUAUACCGUAUAUGUUUCAAAGUAUAUUUUACAUUAUCCCUGAAAGUUAUAUAUAAAUCGGAUGAGUACUCGCUGAGAUAUCCUCAAAAAAACCAAAAAGUUAAUAGACUUUUUGAGCGGUACUGUAACAGUUUUCGAGGUUUUCCGAAGAAGUAGCUGCAUUGAAAUUCUGAAUUUUACUAAAUAAGAUUUUGUUGUGAUUAGCCAUGGAGCGCAAACGUGUUGAAUUAAAGACCCCUUUAGAUUUUUUUCAUCUUUUUGAACAAAAACAUUUCUCUGUAAAGUGGAUAUUUCAUUAUUUAGGAGGUUUUCGUUGAGUUUCCAACAACAAAAAAAUAAAAAUAAGUUCAGCAUAUUUUCGAAAAAAAUAGAAAAAUUUUUCAUAAUUUUCCAGAUGGAAACGCCCCAUCGAGAACAGUUUCUUCCCUGUCCCACGCUUCAGAAUCUUCGACGGCUUCUAGAAACGUCGCCUUUUUCUUGGCCGCAACGACUCUUCAACGUCUCGUCGAUAUUUUUUAUGGUUUUGAUUUUUUUUUAAUCUAGAAAUGGUUUAUUUUUUUUUGGAAAAGAACAAGCAAAAUAAGUGGGUUUGAACAAAAUUUUCAUGAGUGGAAGUGAUGAAUUUAGGAUUUUUGGUUAGUUUUUUACAGGGGUCUCAGCACGAUCAGAGAAGUAGUGUGUGAAAUGUAAAGGUUUAGACGUAAUUUAUUGAGAUUUUACGGUUCCUAGUUGUGAAAUAAGGCAAAAAAUUGAUGAAAAAAACAAGAAAAAUCAUGAUUUUUUUCAUGAGCUUACGCCUUAACUUUUCAAUCUUUUUGAGUUUUUUUGUGGCAUCUUAAUUGUCCAAAAAUUUGAUAGUUUUUUUAGUUUUUCGAACUAUUUCAAAAGAAAAAAAAUGAUGUUUUCAAGGAUAGAAUCAAAGGAUUUGAGUCGACAAAAUACAAAAAAAUUGAAAAAAAUGUGCUUUUUUUAUCAAUUUGAGCCCAAUUUUCAAAGAAAAAAACAUUAUUUUUAGGCCGAAUUUUACGUUUAAAAAUCGAAAAAGAAUGAGUUCCAAACAAGUUUUUGGCAGGUGACAGUCGAGUUUCGGCGGAUUUACUGUCAUCGGAAGUUCCUUCAAGGAGAGUUUCUACACACGCCAAUCUGCAAGAUCAACAGAAUCAGAGUGCUUCGGUUGGUAACAAAAAAAAAAUGAGAUUCUUUUCUGGUAAUGCAAAAAGAGAUUCUUUUCUGGUAAUGCAAAUCAAUCGGUCGUGGGAGGCAUGAUUUUCAGAAAAAAAGAUUAUAUUUUUACGGUUAAAAAAAGUAUAACAGCGAUUUUGAUCAUCAGAAGUUUCGAAAAAAAGUUCUGAAAUUUUGAAAAAUCUAUUAAAAAAAUAAAAAUAUUUAGAACCGCCUUCUGAGGGGCUUAAUGAACUUUUAUAUUGACUUUAAUUUGGUUAAAAAUUGGGGAUACCUAUAAAUUCGGAAAAUAAUUGGUAAGUGGAAAAUCUUAUCUGGUAAUGCAAAGUUAUCGAUCGUUGUAGCUGCUUUUUUCCAAGAAAAUAAUGGAUUUUUCACCUUUGAAAAAAAAAGGUAUUUGAGAAUGAAAACUGAUCAAAAAGAAGUAAUAAACGUGAACUUUUUGUUCAUUUUUCGAAAUUGCCUUUAUUUCUGGAAAAAAGAACAGUUUUUUUUAUUAUUUGAGGAUCUUUAAGGACGAUUUUCAUUCGGUUAAAAGAGGAUAUUCUUCUCGAUAAUAUAGAAAGUUAUAUAUGAGACAAAGAAAGAAAAUGAGCUCAUUAAUCCAAAUUUUCAUUGUGAUACGUGAUAAAUGUCCACAGAACUGCGCAUUUUUUUAUUUUAUAAUGAUCAUUUAAUCAUUUUAAUCAAACAAUCACCAGUUUUAUUGGUUUUGCUACGAAAAAAGAUGAUGAUUUUCGAAAAAGGAACCAAAAAUAGUUGUAAAAAAGUUCUCGAAAAACUAGUUCUAAAAAAAUUUAAUGAAUUAAGCAACAUUUUUUUGGUUUUCCAUUAGUCAUUUUACAUAUUUUUUUCAAUUUUAUUCUGUUUCCUUUUUUUCUAUUAUUUCAAUAAUAAAGCACGAUUUUAAAUAAAAAUCUUGGUUUUCGAUAAAAAUUCAAUAAUUUUAGCGCUCCUACUCGUCAACCCUGACCCAAGAAGACUACAAUGCUAGUGUUGAUGGAAGGAGUUCCGUUGGUUCGGCUGGGAAGACUUUGGAACCGAGAAGAGAUCAAAAAGCGAGAGUUUCUGGUUGGAAAUGGCUGAAUAGAGUUUGAAAAUUGGAUGAUUUUAGAAAGAAGCAACGGAAAAGACGGAUCACACGCUUCAAGGUCGUAUACGGAAACGGGACAGGUUGGAAAUUAUCAGAAAAAUGAAAAUUCUGCUGUUGAAUGAGAAAUAAUUAACCAGGGAAUGGUCUCAGCUCACAGUGGGACUUCUGAAGGAGGCGAUAUUUUCUAGAUGUAGUUUUUAUGCUGAUUCCACAUCCGGUCUCAAAAGCUGCCCAAUACGUCUGUGAAAAAAGUUAGGGGCUCUCAACGUCGAAAAAUUCGAUGUCUCCGAUGGAGCUCAUUUUAAGAGGGUAUAUAGUCCUUGGUCCCCCAGUCACGAAAAACCAUUUGAUUUUUUUCGAAAAGGUUCUGGAGCCCAGAUAUGAUUUUUAAAAGCUCGGCGCGAUGUAAAAGCAUGCGAUCGCGGUGUCCUAUGGCGAUCCGGCUAUCAACGCAACGGCAGCGAAGAGCAGUGGUAAGGGGGCGGACUGCGGAUCACGAGGUCAUAGGUUUGGUGCCCACGCUGUGCAAACUUUUUUUUGCAGUUUUUUCUUUUUUGGAUACUUUCGUGUAAGGGCUCCUUUUUCGAGUUUUGUGAAUCCACAACUUUUUUCACAGACGUAUUGGGUAGCUUUUGAGGUCGGAUUUGGAAUCAGCAUAAAAACUACACCUAGAAAACAUGGUCUCAUUCAGAAGUCCCACUCUGAGCUGAGACCAUUCCCUGCUAAGGUUAAGGUAGAAGAACAGUUUGAAAAGCCCGUUUCCAGAGCCGCAACACCUCGGAAGUGAGCAAUUCCACGAUCAAGUCGGCUGCAACCACGAUCGGGAUCCCGAACGCCGGAGAAAGCGUCAGCACGACCCACGGCAUCGGAUCAACGGCCAGCGCCCCGGUCGUCACCGUCGGAACCCCUGGAGGGACCACUAGCGCCGCCAGCGAGACCAAGUCCCCCAUGAGCUCCGCUUUCGGCGACCAAGGCGCCGCCUGGGUCUCCAGCCAGAGCUCCGCCAACAAAUUCGUCGCCAAUUUCCUUUCUUGUGGGUUUUUGAUGAAGAAAAAAGGGGCGGUUUAGUUGGUUUUAGUACAGUUUUCUUGGUAUUUAUCAAGAAGAAAUGGAAGAAAUUAUGUUCAAUAAAAGAAAAAAAGGCCGAUAAGUAUCGAUUUUCUUAAAAAGUGUGAAAAAAAGAGCUUAAACGGAUUAGAAGUACCUUCUCUAAUAGUGUCUAAUAAUUUGUUAAAAGUGCCUCCUUCAAUAUUCUCUAAUAUGAGCAAUAAUCAGAAAGUAUGAGGUGUUAGGUUUUUAAAAUUAUUUUGCACCUUGUGACAAACUUUGAUCGAGAUUCGUUGAUUUUCUGCCGAGAUAUAGACUUUUGAAGAUUUUAACCGUAAUCCUUUCAGCUACCGUAUCUCGAAAACCACUCGAAUGAUGCUGUUUUUCAAAAAAUCCUAAAAUUUGUGUUUUACAACAAGUUUUAUUCAGAGAAAAAGUUAUCAUAACGCCCUUUUCUUCUUCCAACUCAGCCAAAACCCACACCCGUAAAUAUUUUUCCCUUUUCUGGGGUUUUCAAAAAAGACCUGAAAAAUAUUUUUUCGAUUUUUCCCUAUGUAGGAGUUCGAAAAAGCCUAGGCAAAGGUGUCAUUCCCAAAAAAACGUUUGCGGAUUUUUUUCAGAAAAAUGGUAUAAAAAAAUAGUUAAUGAUACAUUUUUUUAAAAAAAUUUUUUUAAAGGACUGUUUGAAGGCUUUGCCAGGGAAAAAAAUGAUGAAUAAAAGAAAACUUGGCUAUUACAGCCAAUCCCAUCGUUCCUCCAUACGUUGGAGCCUCACGCAGCCGACCCAAAAGCGAACGAAUGUUGGCUCUUUUGGGCGAUUGGCUUUUUGAAAUCGUCAUGACGGUUCCGAGGAAUGAUCAAAGCAAGAGGAAUGGAGACGUCGCUGACGGUUAGUUUUUGGAAGGUUUUUCAGAUGGAGUUUUGAAAAAAUGAGGAAAAGGGUAGAUUAUUGGGGGAACCACUAGAGUUUUUUCGAGUAUUUUGCUUUUUUUUGAACCGAAGUAUUUUCAGAGCUUAUCAACUCUACUUGGUCAAUAUUUUCUUGUAAAUAUGAAGUUUUUCAGUUUGGGUUUUGCUAAAAGUGAAUAGAAAACGAUUUAAAUUGAAUCGAAAUGAAUUGAAAUUCCAAGGGCUAAGCGUUCCUCAAAUGGACUUUUUCUCAUUAAUCGAAAAAAAAACCGGUUCGGUAGGCCUGUUUUCUUUGCAUUUUCCCUGCCUUUUGCCGCCUAAUUUGCCCUCUUUCCCGCUGGAUAUGCAUUAUUUUCUUGAUUUGUUUCCGUUUAUUUCAUGUUUUUAAUUUUUUGCAAUGGUAUUUGACUAGAAAUUUGGGAUUUCGGAAAGAUUUUUCGAUUUUUUUGACUUGGAUUUGACGGUUUCGAGUCUCAUUAUAGAUUUUUCGAAUUGGUUUUCUUGAUUUUUUGAAGUUUUUCAUUUUUUUUUUUGGUCACCUUAGAAUCAAAUUUAGAGUUUUUUUCUUGGUUUUUCGAGUUUUAGAAAAGGUUAAAAUUAGAAGAGGGGUAGAAUUUAAUGCGAAUAUUCUUGACAAUCUUAACUUUUUGUAUGGAAAUUAAGCGAAAAAAAUUGAGAUUUUUUUCUGAUUUUUUUAAAGGCUUUGCCUUGGAUCAGGCAGUUUAGAAACUCAUAUUCUGAUUUUUCCUGAAUUUUUUUCACAAUCUUAUUCUAAAAAAAUCGGAAUCUUCCAUUUUUUUCUCGAUUUUUUUAGGGCUUUGGCUUGGAUCUGACGGUUAAGACUAUCUUUGAAAAAAACUUAUCGAUUUCUCAAGAAAUUCUUUAAAAAAAUUUAGUAGCACAAUUUUUCACCUUGGAACUUGAUUUUUAUGUAUAUCUUUUUGAAUAACCGACUUUUUCUCGAUUUUAAACAUUUCAAAAACAUGAUUCCGAGUGGAAAUUCAAACAGAAAGGGAUCGAAAUGGCGUGAAUAUGUAUGGAAAUCGGAAGUAUUGGCAAAAAGAGUGGAGGAGGGACAACUGGUUUGGUUUUGGUCGAUUUUUCCGUCAGCCGUCCACAACUUCUAUAUUUUUUUUCGGUCACUGUUGUUUCCUUUUUUGGAAAGUUAUGGAUUCUCUCAUCGGCUGAUAAUGUUUUGGUGGGUUUUUUGGAGUUUUGACCUGAAUUUUUGAGAUCUGGAGUUUUUUCUUUGGGUUUGGAGCUUUUUAUGAGAAAUUGGAAGGUUUGGACUGGAUAAAUAAGAAAUUUAUGUUUGGAUAGGGGGUUUUUUCAGCUUCUUUACCACUUCGAUCUGCUUCUUGGCUCAAAAAAGUGUUCCGAUUUUAUUUUUAAAGCCUGGAAAUUGAACAAAUUUUGAAGUAGAAGCUGAUUUUUUGAGUUUUUUCUUUGGGUUUGGAGUUUUUAAUGAGACAUUGAAAGGUUAGGACUGGAUAAAUAAUGGAUUUAUGUUUGGAUAGGGUGUUUUUUUGGCUCCUUUACCAUUCCGAUUUUCUUCUUGACUCAAAAAAGUGUUCGAUUUUGUUUUUAAAGCCUGGAAAUUGAACAAAUUUUGAAGUAGAAGCUGAUUUUUUUGGCUUCUGAUGAUAGGAAAUAUAUUUUUUUCGACUUUUUGAAGGUUCUUUUUAGGGUUCAUGCUGAUCUGUAAAUAAAUAAUUAUUAUUAUUAAAAAUUGAUUUUAUGAUUUUUUUCAAGUCUUAUUAAGGCUCUAGGGAACUUUUUGACGUGAAACGUAUGUAUAUGGAAAAAUAAAAAAAUUGGAUUUUUUUUUAUUACAAUUUACGCUCAAAAAUCGGAUUUGAGCUUGGGAUUUGAAAGCUUUGGACAAAAUUCCGAGUUUAUUUUUUUUAGAAGUCUCAAUAGACUAUUGUAAUGAAGAAUGUUGUAACUAAAUUUUUUUAUUAAUAAAAAAACUUUUUUUCCUCAAUUUUUACAGAGUAGAAUGAGAUCUUGAAGAAAAGGUUUUCAAGCCCGAUUUCCUCCUCCCCCUCAGGAAUGCCAUCCCAAAAGCCACCUCCAUAAUUAAGCGUCCGAAUCCUCAGAAAAGCGCAUUAAAGAAACAGUUCCUCGCAAAUCGUACACGUUAGCGACGUCGGAAAAUGAACAAACGCGACGGUUCCGAACCGAGUUUUUUUCCCCCCUUCCAUCUUUUCCGUCCGCUUCGUCGGCCCUUUGUAGUGGAGAUUUUGCCUCACUGGCCACGCCCAAUUUUUUUCACGCCAGUCUGUCUCUGUGGGUCAACAGACGCACGGGGAUCGAGGAAAGACACACUUUUGGGCCGUUUUUCGCGACAAACACGGAGCGGAGGGAAGACCCAAGGUUAUUGACAGCUCUUUCUCUGGAAAGGAGUCCGACUCGAGGCGUCCCGGGAAAGCUGGACUCCACUCUUUUCUGAGGAUCGAAGGGAGUCGGGAAGUCGUGGAUACUGCCGGUUUUAUUCUUGUUCUGAAUAUUGGAGUCGAGUCGACCUACUUCGACUUGAGGCGACUCCAAAGCUCAGUUCUUUGGAUUGGAGGCGAGCUCAUUCUGGAGGAAAAAUUGUAAAGCCUUGGUCCUUCAGAAGCUCGAACCGUUCUAAUUAUAUUCUCGUUCUGAAUAUUGGCGUCGUCCUACUCUGGAAGCGACUGAUAAGCUCAGUUCUGCGGAUCGGAGUCAGGCUUGUUCCUGAUUCCUUCAGAAGCUCUAACCGCCCUAAUUUAUUCUUGUUCUGAAUAUUAGAGUCGUCCUACUUCGAAAGUUCGACUUGAGCCGGCUGCAAAGCUCCGUCCUGCCGAUUAUUCUUGAGGAAAAAUCGGAAAGCCGUGUUCCUUCAGAAGCUCGAGCCGUCGUUAUUUGGUCUUCUUCUGAAUCGUCUUACUUCCGAAGUUCGACUCGUGGCGUCACGGAAACCUGAGUUCCAAUCUGUUCUAAGGAGUGACUCGAGGAGCCGUGGUCCUUAAGAAAUCCUGAUCUCUACCUUUGCUGCUCUGACUUUUCCGAUCUGUAGCCCUUUUUAAAAGUCUGAUCUGGAUGCUGGAGUGACGCUUCUUCAGUUUCCUGCGCUCAAAAAUUUUCGUAAGCUGGAAAUUUUCGAGACCAGAGCCAAGCCUCUUAUUGAGUGAAGAUCGACACCUACAGCUGCUCUGAAAAUUCUGAUUCUUUGAGAUGCCUUUUAUUCUGACAGAAGCACGACCCCAAAGAUAAGACUCAACCGUCCAUCUGCUGAUUUCUUGGCCAUUUGAAGACGAACUUAUAUCUGGAUCGACUGUGUCGGUCUAUGAAUGGAGUAGCGCUCCACGAGUGGUUCACUUUUUACGGAUUCGAAGCGUUGACGACGUUUCCACUUCAAAAGUCACGUCUUCCGACGAGCUUGAGAACGAUUCCAAAAAACGAACUUACUCGGAGAUCUUGAUCAAAAUCAAGCAGAACUAG